UCAACAUCCGUCGUCUGCAACGAACCGAAAAUGAAUUGGAUGGGAGGAGCUCGCAGCCGUAUAAAGCAACAAAGAGACAAGAAAAUUCAAAAGCAAUUUUUUGAGAGGAGAAGAUUGAUGAAAAGAAAUGAAAAUUUGAACCCAGGUUUUCAAACACCAUUGGGAAGAAAAAGUGCCAUAAGCCAAGACAUAAAGGCUUUCUGUCUUCUAGAACAAAUGCAUUCAAAGGAAAUGCAGUCACCAGGAGAAAAUUCACGUCCCAUCAGAAAAAUAGAAAUGGACUUGCCCAAAAAAUCUCGAAUGAUGCAUCACUCCAGUCUAGGAACAUCUUCUCCUUACAACACGCCAUCAAAACUUCUGCUGAUGGAACCAAAGCAUCAAAGAGAUAUGAGCUGGAAAAGAAUACCUGAUAGGAGAGAAACAGCUAGCAAAGAUCACAUGUUAAACAAAGGAAACAUUGAUUUUGGAAUCUGUUCCAAAAUAAGGACAAGUGCAGCUGAAAAGUCUACCACUGAACAAAAUAAUCCAUACAUUCAUGAGGAUUUCCAACCAACACCAGUUGUUGGGUACCUAAAGGAUGGACAUGAUAGGAAACAUAACAAAUCAUCAGAAGUAUUUCUUCCAACUUGGACUCCAGUUUCAGUAAAGCAUGACACUUUUAUGCCUAAAGGAGAUGACUUAUGCAGUAAAAAAGAUUUCUAUCAUAAAUUCUGUCAAAACCCUUUCUUUGAAACUCCAAUUGAAUGUAAAGAAUCAAAACGGAGAAAACUAGAAGUGAAUGCUCAACAAGAAUCAAAGCGGGUAUUAUUUCAAGAUUCCAACAUUUUAAAUAAAUGUUUUCUGGAAGAAGAAAAAGAACAAAUAAAAAUUGAUGGUUCUACCCCACUUCUUAAAAGAAGCAGUAUUCUUGAUAUGCCAGGUUCUUGUUCUCUAGACUUAAGGUUUCAUCAAACUGUUAGAUCUAAUGGUUUACAAACUUCAACUUCGGAAACGGUCUCAUCUGUAGGAAAACGAGAUACUCUUAAAUUUAAAAAUCCAUUGGAGACAUCAUUAGGUAAAGAAACUAGACUUUACAUUUCACCAACAAACUUGCAGAGAAAGCUGAACACACCCUACAAUACAGACCAAAUGAAGCAGCAUUUGUUCACUGCUCAUACUUCAGGACACCUGUUAACUUCCAAUGAAAGAAGAACAGGUGCUAGGCAUAGCAAAUAUACCAACAGACAUGAUAUUGUUCAGAAUAGCCAGAGUUUAUAUGAAAACUUUGAUGACAACUUUGGAGUACACAAAUCAAAUAUCAACUGCAGAGAUGAACUGAGCCUGCUGAUGACAAGUACUCCAGUGGACAGAACACGAAAACCCAUGGAGAUAGUGAUAUCUCCAAUAUCACACACAGCCAAAAAAUCUCCUUCAUUUCAUGAAAAGGGUUUUCAUUCCAACCAAGCCUCAUCAGAGGCAUCUGUCUCUAACAAUAACAAACACAUCUCUUGCCAUACCUUGGUACCUUAUCAUACAGUUGACAAAGGUAGCUGUGACAAGAAUCAGAGUUUUAUAGAAAAGUCAACUGAUCAUUUGGUUGAGGAAGAUAUUGCAGAAAUUCUAGCAGAGAUGGACCAAUUAGAAGAGGAUCAAGUGAAGGAGUGGGAGAUGAGUGUUUAUUACAGCCAGACACAAAGUGAAAAAGACAACGAGGAACGGUAUAAUGAGCUGAAAAAAAUUAAUAACAUUAACGACAGCUUGGAGUCGUAUGCUCAGGAAGAUAAAAAGAUUGGUAAAAUGGAGGACCUCACCGAGAAGAAGUAUGAUGCUUUGACAGUGCUGAAAGCAGCAGCAGCCAAGCUAGAAAAAUAUGUUGAACAUUACAAAGUAACUGAAUUUGGUGCAGACAGUCAUAAAGAAAAUGAUUUAUCAGUAUGUAUAAAUCAAAAUCAAACCCAGCAUGCCGAAGACCAAUUUUCUCUUCCCAAGCUUCAAUCAAACAGCAAAGUACAGAACUCAAUACAGCAGGCAUCUGAAGAUUUCGGUUCUUCAGUACAAGAUGCCGCUGUUAUCAAGGAAGAGACAGGUAAUGCAUACAUUCACUGUAAUAAUGAAAUCAAGAGAAAUGCUAAUCUAUCUGACUCAGGGGAGAGUGAUAUAACCUUAGGAACAGCUUUACAAAUCACGGACAAUACUGAAUCGUGCCAUCAAAUGUCAUCCUCAACAAAUGAUAAGAAAUGUAAAUGUAGUGAAUUAUUUGUAUUGCGAUCUUCCAAAGAAUGUCAGACUGAGAUUUACGUCACCAGCACUGGAAUGGAAACUGACGUGAUUAAUGGCGUGUCCGUGGGGAUACAGUGUGAGCUGCUUCCUGACGGCUGUGAUUGUAAAUUAGAGGACCCAGAGAGCCAGGACAGCUUCCAUAGCGUGGCGUCUGACCUUCAUUUAGAAAACGCUGAUCAAAAUGAUGUAAAACAAACUUAUCAUCUUCGAUCCAGGAAAAAGUUUUAAAUUUAAUUCAGUUUGUUAAAAAAUCAGUAAACGAGCUUAAUAUAACAAUAAAUUGUUUAAUAUAAAAACAUUUGCAU